AUGUUCAGAUUAGUCAACACAUCGCAGGGUCUUAGACCAGCGUUGAUAUCAAAAUUCAAACAUGCAAAAACGGGUGGCACGAACCCUUCGCCAUUCAGUACCACAACCACUAAUGCCCCAACUAAUACCACGCCCACAUCUAACUCAAAGUAUGAGAGCACUUUUCAAUUUAAGCGUGCACAAUCUACUGUUGCCCCACCUGCUACUGUAGCCACUACUAUCCAAACACCCUCAUCUCAGAAUGCUGCAGCCAACCCUUAUAGAUCCAAGUUAGACUCUUUUAGUCGUAUAUACCAUGUCCCUAACCAUGUGGUGGGGCGAAGGACCGAAAAGAUAGACCACACAGCCACAGAUGAGAUGGCCACACUUAUUCUUGACGAAAACUUUAGAAACCAAAUGACAGAAACCGACCUUUACCGAUACGCGGCCAGUAUCUAUAGUGCAGCCAUUGCAGUGAGAAGACAAAGAUUGGAGAUGUCCAGAAAUAGAGAUAGAGAUAAUGCAGCUUCAUUUGGCGACGACUUGAAAUACCAAUCGGCUGCAAUUGCUCUUGCGGAAUCCAUUGCCGCUGGAGAAUUUCCUCAACAAGUCUCAGCCAGAACUUUGUUCAAAGUAUUUGCCACCUUGAUGCAAUUCAAGCUUAACGAUGAGAUAAUGAAUCUUUGGGAGACUGGGGUUGCUCAGUCUGAAGGAGAGGAUUUGGGUGAUAUUGGCAAAAUGUACUUGGACCACACGGUUUUGUCUGUUGUUCUUGAAGUUGCUUAUGACUCCAAGAGAUUUUCGUACGAAGAAAUCUUGCGCAUUUACGAGAUGAGUUUAGUGGAAAAUGAGCCAAUACACCCAUACUUGUUGGAAAGGAUUGGUCAAAUUGCUAUUAAGCACGGAGACCAUGCUAGGGGUUUGGACUGUCUUGAACAAUUGAUGAAUAAUUAUGAAAAUAACCCAAGAGCUCGCUCGAUUCUUGGUGCAUUAUCGCAAAUUCAUAUUGCAUUUAUUGGAAACUGUAAAGACACCAUUAUUGCCAAAAGGUUCUUUGAAAAAGCCGUUGAUGAAAGCGAUCACUUGCCAUAUACCAUUUUGUUGAAGGCUCCUUAUGUGGUGUCGUUUUUACAAAACUGUAAUGCACUGGGAGAUUCAUUUGAGAAUAUUGUUGAUAUGUGGAGCCGUGUUUGUCAAUUCUACAUCAAGCGUAGAGAAGAACAACCUUCGAGGAUGGUUACUAUCAACUCUGGAUUGUUCAAGAUCCUUUUCGACAAGUACCCCGAACCAAGCAUGGAGGCCAUGAAAUUGAUGAAGUUGACUUUUGCAAAAUGCAAGAAUAUCAAUGAACAUUUUUUAAACACUUUGAUUUCGCACAUGCCAUGGAAAGACAGAACUUUGGUCAAUGAUGUUGUAAGCGCAUACGAUAAGUUUAAGGUCCCUAAAAGUGUUGUUUCGCAUAGAAUUAUCUUGAAAAAUGCGGGAAAUGUUGAAUAUACACCAGAAGAAAUUUUGACUCUUUGGAAUCAAUUGUUAUUGAAAUUGGAUAGUGAAGGUUACAAGUAUAUUGCCAAUGCUGAUUGGGCUGCUAUUAGACUGGCCACAAUCUUUUCAGAGCAAUUCAAAUCACCCGAAAGAGAUUGCUUGUACUACUCGAUUGUUAGAACUUACAAGAAUUAUAUGCAACACGAUGAGGCUGCCUUGAGGUUCCUUAGGGCUACAGUCAGGGAUGCUACAGUAUAUAAGCAAAUUUCAAGAAUAACUACUGAGGAAAAUCCAACAUUUGAAAUUAACUACGACAUAGAAGUUCCUGAGUUCAAGAACUUGAAAGAAAAUACCAAUUACCCAAAAGUCACAAAAAAAGUAACUGAUGCUAAUCCAAACUUGUUGUAA